AUGAGCCUGGUGCAGGGUGCCCAGGGUGCUCAGAAUCAAACAGGCUGUGGCAAGCGUUUGGUCUCAGGGCGCAUCUUGAAUGGUCAGGCUGCGAAGGACGGGGCCUGGCCCUGGCAGGUCAGCGUGCAGCAAAACGGCUUCCACAUCUGCGGCGGUUCGCUCAUCUCUGAGAGCUGGGUGGUGUCAGGAGCUCAUUGCUUCGAUCCACCUGGGGUCAAUUCAGCGUAUCGGGUGCAGCUGGGUGAAAACCAGAUUUUCGAUCAGACCCACAACCAGACGUUCUCAUCGGUGAAGCGGAUCAUCCUCCAUCCCAGUUUUGACAGUGCCCCUCACCAGUCCGACAUUGCCCUGGUGGAGCUGGAGAGUCUGAUUUUGCUCACGGCCACCAUCAGCCCGUGUGUCUGCUUGAUGCCUCCGUUCGUGUGCCGGCUGGGACACCCUGUUGAGUGACAGGCUGGGGAACCCGUUUACCACAAAGUGAGUAAAACUUGUA